AUGACAUCUAAGACAGAUUUCUCUUUCAUAGGGAGGGGCCCUCAGAUGAGCGAUGAUUGCCGACUAACAGCAGUUCAGAUGCGGGAGACUUUUAACUACUUGCUGUCCUGCAGCAGCAGCAGCAGCAGCUGCUGCUGCAGCAGCAGCUGCAGCAAAGAGGAACAGCAGCAGAGGUUUGCUGCUCUUUACUCUGGGUCUCACAAGCCUCGCUCGGUUAAUAGGAGCUCAGCUGCCCCUUCCACUUCAAAUGAAGCAACAGCAACAGCAGCACCAGCAGCAGCAGCAGCAGCAGCAGCAGCAGCAGCAGCAGCGACACGAGCAGAACAUUUUUAUGCUUUGUACCCAGCGAGGGGAGAAGAUGCAGCAAAGGGUUGCAAACCGCUGCAGCAGCGGUCUCAGUCUGUAUUUAUAUGGGGUAUGCCUCUUAUAUCUUCUUUAUCUUUUGCGUCUUUAUCUUUUUCACUUCCUUCUCUGUCUCCUUCUGCAUGCAAGCGCGACUGGCAGCGAUUAAAAGCUCUGUCUCUCUCUGUCUCAUCCUUCCCUCCAGCUGUUCUCUCUCUGCUGCAUCCACCAGAAGUCUUGCUGCUAUUAGGUGCUGCUGCUGCUGCUGCUGCUGCUGCAGCACCACGAACAACAGCAGCAGCAGCAGCAAACCAAAGCCAGAUAUCUGACGACAAAACUACCACCAGCACCAGCAGCAGCAGCAGCAGCAGCAGCAGCAGCAGCAGCAGGAGAGAAGGUUCAAAGGGUUUAUCUCUUCAAUGCGGUGUAUUUCUGCUGCCUCAUCCAGAGAAGCAGCAAACAGGAGGGGCCGACUCGUUUUUUAUUGCGACAGAAGGUGCAGGUAAAGGUGUUGCUGUCGGUGUUGCUGACGGAGUAGGAGAGUGGGAUGCCUUUGACUUAGACCCCCGUCUCUUUGCUGAUGAGCUCAUGCGCGGCUGCUGCCAGGCUGCUGCUGCUGCUGCUGCAGAUGCUGCUACUGUGCCUCCUGCUGCUCCUGCUGCUCCUGCUGCUGCUCCUGCUGCUAGUGCUGCUAGUGCUGAGAGUGAAGGUGGGGGGGUAGCAGCAGCUGAACAGGCGGUGAGAGAUGAGUUGAAUUCUUCAGAGAAAGCAACAACAGCAGCAGCAACUACAGUAGCAGCAGAAGAAGCAGCAGAAGAAGCAGCAGCUGCUGCAGUUCCUGCUGGUGUGGCAGGUCCACCCGAAGUGCCUGCUGCAGCAACACUAUCCCUAGCAGCAGCAGCACCAGCAGCAGCGGCCCUAGAAGCAACUCCAGCAGCAGCUCCAGCAGCAGCUCCAGCAGCAGCUCUAGCAGCAUCCCCAGCAGCAGCUCUAGCAGCAUCUCCAGCAGCAGAAGAAGCAACAGAAGCAGCAGAAGCAGCAGAAGCACCAACAGGAAGAGAAGCAACAGAAGCAGCAGAAGCAGCAGAAGCAGCAGAAGCAACAACAGGAAGAGAAGCAGCAGCAUCCCCAGCAGCGGGAGAAGCAGGCGAAGCAACAACAACAACAACAACAACAGCAGCAGCAGCAGCAGCAGCAGAAGCAGCAGAAGCAGCAGGAGAAGCAGCAGGAGAGAAAGAUGAGGGUGAAAUGCUUGCAGCAAAAGCAUUAAAUAUAUUACGUGUGGGGUAUAACAGCACUCGCAGCUUUGGUAGUUCAACUGCUUUAGUGCUGCUGCAUCGAGGAGGUGCAGCAAUAGGCGUUGUUAACCUCGGAGACAGCGGCUUAAUUGUUUUAAGGAGACAGUUAGUUUAUCAGAUGACGUGUGUCUUCCGCUCAGUAGAGCAGCAGCACCAAUUCAACUGCCCCUUUCAGCUAAGCCGCUUGCCUCAGCCUGAAGACUUUGAAUUGCUGCGCUGCAGCGGCAAGAAGGCGUUGCUGCGGCUGCUGCAGAGCGCUCCAGCUGUACCUCAAGAUACACCUGAAUCUGCUGCUGCAUGCACUGUUGCUGUUGCUGAAGGUGAUUUACUCCUCCUAGGGACUGACGGAGUGUAUGAUAAUCUCUUCGAUAGCGAGAUAUGCAGCAUAGCAAGUCUGUUCAUAAGCCCUAAAGAAGCAAAAGCUAUUGGAGACCCUUCACUUGCAACAGCAGCAACAGAUGCUGCUGCUGCUAUCGGGGAAGCAGCAGCAUACAAAAGUCGUUCUUCUAAGGAGAGAACACCCUUCAUGAAGCAUGCACGACAACAGGGGGCCUUUCAUACAGGAGGGAAGAUGGAUGAUAUAACGGUUGUAGCUUGCUGGGUUACGUCAGACGGUUUGCUGCAGCCUGGAAGCAAAGAUAUAUCAGGAUUUCAUAGUGCUGCAUGCAUUGUUAGAGAGUGCUGA